AUGUGCGCUCGUCUACCCUCACUCUGGGACGUCCCCGUAUCAUUUCAAAACGACGCAUCGAAUGUUAUGUUCGAUCCCCUCUUGGCGAGCGAGGACCCUUUCAAUGCGGCGCAAUCUGGCUUCCCGUUGACCGAUCUGAAGCGCGAGUCUUUGACCGAACCGGCGCACGAUCAGGUCAUUUCGGCGCCUAAAGAUGAGAAGAAAAAGAGAAAAUUGGGUCCCGAAGUUGCCGAGACAGAGCUGAAGAGAAGGAUCGAAAGGGCCGACACGUAUUGGGUAUUGGACGUUACAACUGAGGAUAUCCAACGCACAGUGAGCGGCGCCAAACGUGGGUUGAAUGUCGCCAAAUAUGUCAAGGACUUCAUCGGCUUGACAUCAGCAUGGAUGCUAGGCGAUGUCUACACGCGCGAAUACCGGAAACUCCCCACUCUGAUCCCCAGGGUAGUCAAGACUGUAGAUCUAAUAAAUAUGUCGCUCGCGACUCCUAUAAUAACAAAGAACGACAUCGAUGAGAAAAUGAUGAACUUCCGCACUUAUUGCUUUGUUCCAGUCUAG